UUCCUCAAGAUUUUCUCAAGGAGUUUUCCUCAAGAUUUGCCUACUGUUGUUUCAGAUUUUCUCACGAUUUGGCAGAGCAUUGGUUGAGGAAACACCUGGAAAGAAAAGAUUGUGUGGGAGAAAGGAUGCUUGUUGCAAGAAUGGGCAUCUUGUUCUCGUGCCCGGCCGACUACUAUGACCCAAUGGAAGAAGGCAUCCUCGAACCGUCGGCGAGCUCUGGCGGCCUCAGGGCCUUGGAUUCCAGCAAGCUGCUCAUACAGUGGUCGCUCAGUUUCAAAAGGGCACAACUCGACGACAACUACCCCAGCUCUCUCCAGGUGGAGACCGAGAUCUCAAUCAAGACCGCCGACAUUGCCGCCAUUGCACCAGACUCUUCCCCUGCCACGGUGGUGCCGCUCGUGCAGAGAGCUCUUGCCAUGGUGAUGUACACCGACGGCGGCCUCGGGCGCGGAGAGCCCAAAGCACGAGGCGGCGGCGAUGUGAGGCAACAGAGCAUCAUGAGGCAGGCUCUCAAGAUGAAGAACGGGAGGAGGAGCGCCGGCUCAGGAAACCUGCAUAUAUUUUUCAUGGAUGCCUUUACAUAUUCUAUGUUAGUUUCAGCCUUAUUGUGGAGGAAGAGGUCGCGUCAAUGUGGAGACUAGGCGAACUCAAGUGGUCAUCGACUUGCCUCUACGCUAGCCAACACCCUAUCAAAUUGAGAAAUUUGAGUUGUGUUUUGUCUGAAUUUUCGACUGAAUCUCGGGAUCUUUGUGAGAACGAAAGCACCAGUCUCAAAAACUGCCAAAGACCACUUGUUGUUGGUGGUCGUGUUCACAGAGCAAUUAUUAUGGUUCUUGGAAGUUGAACAAGACAACGGAAAUAGAAAUGAGGUUCCAAGUCAUUAGCCAGAGUACCUCAUAUGCUUGCUCUGUAUGCGAUCAGCUAUGUGUCUAUGUGCUCUGUUCUCCCAUCUGUUUUGUGCCAUCUUUUUUCCUUUCUGUUUCCGUAUGGGUAUGUUGUCCUAUCUAUUUUGUGCACUAUAGUUUAAUUAGCAAAUUUCUGUCAAAUCUGAGAGCUUUAACUGUUUUAUAAGAACAACCUGAUCCGAUCUCAUCCUGGACUGUGUUAUGGAUAUUAGCUAAAUUCUAUAGAGUGUACAUAGGAAUUCCACAACUUGCCAUUUUCAAUAUACUCAGUGUUUCCAUCCAUCCAUGUUGGAAUAUAUGCUAUACUUAAUGUUUCUAUCUAUUUAUACUGGAAUCUAUGCUGUAGAUAGCUAACGAGGGAUCUAUCAGAAUGGU